CUCUCGGACGACGUGGAAAUCCGCUCGGCUUUCUCAGUCGCACGCACCAACAGCAUGGAAGGUGGACCUAAGAUGACGGUGACCUUUGACACUGUCUAUGUCAACAUCGGCGGGGACUUCGACCCAAAGACGGGCGUGUUUCACUGUCGUAUCCCGGGGGCGUAUUACUUCUCCUUCACGGUGGGGAAGUUCCCACACAAAGACCUGUCAGUGAUGCUGAUGAAGAACAGGAACGAGGUGCAGGCCAUCGUCUACGAGGAGAACGCCGGCGAGGAGAGGAAGGUGCAGAGCCAGAGCGUCAUGCUGCAGCUGGAGUUCAGUGACACCGUCUGGCUCCGCCUCCACGGCGACCCUCGCUACGCCCUCUACAGCAACACGGGACAUUACACCACCUUCAACGGCUACCUCAUCUACCCAGACACCUACGACUACCAGACGCACCAGCACCAAGCGCAUCCCGCCUACAACUCCCAGCAGCCCCAGCAGGACCGCCUCCCCUUGUUGCAUAGUAACCAGGCCACUGAUGACAGGUCUGGAUCCAGAGGUUUGCUGGAGGAGAGGGAGCUGCAGCAUAAAGAAGAGGAGGAGGAGGAGGAGGAGGAGGAUGACGAGGACGACCAGAGAUCUGCCUUCUCGGUGGGCCGCACCCAGAGCAUCGUGGGAGUGGACCAGGUGGGCUUGCCCCAGCACCAGCCCGUUAGCUUUGACACAGCUUUCGUCAACAUCGGAGAGGACUUCAACAUCUCGGAGGGCGUGUUCGCCUGCCGUGUUCCUGGCGUGUACUACUUCUCCUUCAACGUGGGCAAGCUGCCACAGAAGACGCUGUCCGUGAAGCUGAUGAAGAACCGCCUGGAGGUGCAGGCGAUGAUCUACGACGACAGCCAGGGCGAGAAGGCGCUGCAGAGUCAGAGCUUGAUGCUGGCGCUGAAACCCGGGGACACGGUCUGGCUCUACUCGCACCAGAGAGACGGCUUCGGGGCCUAUAGCAACCACGCCAAGUACAUCACCUUCACUGGCUUCAUGGUUUACCCAGACCUCCCCCCCACCUCCUCUGCCAGCCAAUCACCUGCAGAUAAGAAGCCUUAG